AUUUUCUCUCACCCCUUCCUUUUCAUUCUUUAGUAAAUAUCAAAAUGGCUUCAUCUUUUUUACUUGGAAACAAGAGCUUUAACCUUGAUGACUUUUUACAACUUCAAGCUUUGUUAGACUAUGAACAACAGGAGCGUGAUAGACACAUUGCUGCCUGUCGACGUAAACAAGAAUAUCAUCCUCCACACCAUCAUUAUCCCUAUGCCGUACCUCUUUAUCAUCAACGCUCUAUUGAUCCCGAAGCUGAACAACAGUCCGUUAUGGAAAAACAACGACUAGACCAAGCCUUGUUACGACUCAGAUACCUCAAGGAUCAAUACAGACGCCAACGUAAUGCAGAAAUUCAAGACUAUCUGGAGGCGUAUCGUAGACAAGCCUUGAUACGCGCUGUUCAACAGGAAGAAGAAGAGAGAUACUAUCGUCAAUGUAUUGCUGCUGCUCUUGAACAACAACGCGUGAAUGCUCUCUGGCAACAGUAUCUUAGGGUAAAGCAAGAAGAAGUCUUGAGACAAAAACUCGAGCAACAACAUAUCUUGGCUCAACAACAACGCGAACAAGACGAAAGCGAAGAAGAAGAUGAGUACGAUGAAGGCUAUUCAAAAUACCGUACUCGUCAAUUAGAAGAGUUGUUAAGACAUGUGUUUGGCAAUCAUCCGGAGUACAUGGAGGAAGAAAAAAAAGAAAAUAGUAAGCCUAUGAGGGACGAAGACAAACAAGAUCUAGCCAUGGAUGAGGUCUGGAAAUACUUGUCAGAUCAGAAGCUCGAUUCAGAGACACCUCGUACUGCAUUUUUGUCCUCUGAGCAAGACAAGAUACUCCAACCAUCAAAUGAUACUGUGGAUAACCGCUCAAGAGAAGAAAAGGAAGAGGAAGAAGAAGAUUUAUCUGAAGAGGAAGAUACGGACAAGCAAGAGUCUUCAGCAGCUACCUCAAGUGCAUCAACACCACCUCCUACUGUUCAAGACCAUGUUGUGGGCUUACAAGAGCUUAUACAAAAACUUGCUUCUGAACCUGUCUUGGUCAACGAACAACUUCUCGGUCAUCUUGACCGUGCACCGCCACCACAAAAGUUGUACAAUGACGAACCAAAGCCUUCUGGUAUUUGGGCCACGUCUGAACCUUCUUCUGAACCCAUGCCUCACGAUGAAAAGGAACCCAAGCAAGAAGAAGAAGAGCCCAAGCAACAAAAAUCUUACCUUCCCAAACAUAUCUUUACAGAGGCUGAACCUACCCCUACUCGUGAAAGUUUGCCCAGCACACCUGUUGAAAAGGAAGCCAAUAUGAUGAUUCAAGAAGCAGACGAAGAAAAUAAAAAGACACAAGAAGAGUCUGAUUUUGUUGAUUCGGUUGCAGCUGAACAAAAGGGUGCUCAGGUUGAUUCCCAAAAGGCAAGCAAGUUGGAAGCUUUAGACGCUAUUGCCAAGCAAUUGACUGAUGAUAAAAGUGAACUUUUGCAACGCUGGAACAAUGUUUUGAAGUCUCAACUCAGUUUCACAAAGCAACCUGAAGGCACUUUAAUGGUCACUGCUUCUUCUGAUGCGAAUCGAAAGUUCCUUGGCUCUGAAGAUGAGUUAACGCGCCUUUUGCUCAAGUUGGACGCUAUUCAAAGUGAAGGUGAUGAUGAGAUUCGUGAAAAGCGUCGAUCAUUGGUUAAAAAGUGCGAACAAAUGCUGGAUACUCUGGACCGCAUGAAACACAAUCAAUGGCAAGCAGCAUUCAAAAAGCAAGAAAAGAAGAGAAAGAACAAUCGUCGUCGCAAGCACAAGAAGAACAAGCACAAGAAAUAAG